AUGACUGAAGGAAAGAAAUCUACACAAAGUGUGUGGAAGAGAAUAAAAACAACGCUUGGAAUGUUCACAGGAGCCAAGCAGAAAAAGGCGCCUGCAAAAGAAAAAGAUAGCUCAAGCGACAACGAGCUCGAGGAGGAAGCAGAGUACACAGACAGGCCAAAAGAAGACGAGUGGAUUAGCGCGAGCAAACAGAUCCCCAGCUCAGACAGAAAAAUGGCGAUGUACUCGCUGUUUGACAGGAUAGAGGAAAGGUUUCUAUCAGACUCCGAAAGAAUCGAACUAUUCAAGAAAGAUGCCACGAGCGAAAUGCUGGAGUGGUGGGCCCAGCUGACAGUUAAGCCUAUAAAAUGGGAGGAUCUAAAAAGCUGGCUCAUUGAAGACAUUGACAGCGUGGAGGUAAUCCAGAAGACACAGCAAACCGGCACAUCGCCUCCAAAGUUCUACUAG